AAAACAUAUAAUCUUCAAAUAAUUUCCACAGACUUUUGUCUUCUUUAUUGUUUCAGAAGACUCCUCUGUUUCUAAGACUGAACUGAAUAUGUCGUUGAAGGCAUUAGCAACCUCUCCUCUUUCGGGGAUCACUGUUUUGGUCGUUGUCCUCGCUUUCCUUCUCAGGUUUUACACCAAAUUCGACACUGCUGAGAGAUUGUUCAGUGGCGAAGAGCUUGCAUUGUUCAAUGGAUCUGACGAGGGGUUGCCAAUCCUCCUGGGAAUUCUUGGAUCUGUUUUUGAUGUAACCAAGGGAAAAUCUCAUUAUGGGUCAGGAGGGGGCUACAAUCAUUUUGCUGGAAGGGAUGCUUCUCGUGCAUUUGUGUCUGGAAAUUUCACAGGAGAUGGUCUCACUGACUCACUGCGCGGUCUAUCUAGCAUUGAGGUGAAGAGUAUUGUCGAAUGGAGGGAUUUCUACCAUAAAUCUUAUAAGUAUGUUGGCAAGCUAGUUGGCCGAUACUAUGACAGCCAAGGGAAUCCUACUAAAUAUUUGAAAGGGGUGGAAACCAAGGCUGCUAGAGGUGCACAGCUUCUAGAAAAGCAGAAAAUUGAAGAGGCUAAACAACCAUCGUGCAAUUCGAGAUGGAGUCAAGACGAGGGUGGUGAGGUAUGGUGCGAUGUUGGUUACCCUAGAUUGGUACAGAGACCAUUAGAGAUUGCUUUGACAGGGAAGAUGAGCAAGCGUUGUGCAUGCUUUGAAGAUUCUCAAUUGGAUCAACCUGGUUUAGAGGUAUAUGAAGGGUGUGAACACCGAGCCACAAGGUGCAAAGUUUAAUCAAGAGUUUGAUGUAUUUUUUUGAGCUAUAUUUAUGUAUAUUAAAAGCUUAAUUUAGUGAAAAUGGUAAUUACUUUUGUAACUUAUUAUUUAUAUUUUGAGGUUUGCUUUGUGCUA